AUGAUCGCCGUCCUAAUCGCCCACUCUGCCACCGUCAUCAGCCCGGGCAGCAAGGUGCUCGUCGUCGGCAGCGGGCCCGUCUGCCUCUGCGCUGCGAAGCUCGCUGCCGUGCGCGGCUUCAGCACGACCUGCCUGGUGCCUCCCGGCGACUGCGAGCUCGGCCCUGGCCUGGUGAGCGAGGGAGGAGACCUCGGCUCGCUGCCGCUGACCUUCAUGCCCGUGGCCGGCCCCGAGGCCUCGGAGGAGGCCAUCGAGGCUGCGGCCGCCUCCGCAGAGGGCCUCAUCCUCGCGAUCGACAACGAGGGCGCCUUUGGCAAGCCGGUGCUCGAGACGUUCCUGCAGCCGAGCAGCGCGCUAAGGCGCGUCGCCGUGAUGAGCCGCUACCUGAACGGCGAGGGCAUGGGCUUCUUCGCCUCUGCCGCCAAGACGGCCGCCAAUAAGGACGUCUGGGCCGCCAAUGCGCAGGCUGUGGCGAGCUACAAGGCGAUGGAGGCGGAGGUCGCGAGGAUGAGCGGCGCCGCGGGCGUCGAGUGGACGGUGAUCCGCGCCGGCACGCUCAAGGGCGGCGGGUCGGGGUGCUCGGGCGAGGAGGGCGACGAGCGGUCGGGCGAGCCGUCGCUCCUCACGCCGGCCUUCUACGAGCUCGGCCAGCAGGACAUUGUCAACUGGCGGGCUGCGACUCGACUGCUAGGCGGUCGAAUGUCUUCAAACGUUCCUUCACACUCGUCGGCACUGGUUCACAGGCGGCUGCUGUACGACUGCUCCGCGCUCAAAGUGAAGCUCGUCCGCGGCGACACCCUGCCCGGGCCGGGCUUCACCGCGGCCCUCACCGCCACCGACAAGGUGGGGGCCGGAGACAGCCACCGCGGAGCCGUGGCCGCCGCCCUCGUCGAGGCGCUCCGCUCCCCCGACGCCGCCAACCGCGACUACUCGGUGGCGGCGGAGGAGGGGCGCGAGUUCCCUGGUGAAAAAGAGUGGUCGCACCUGUUUGAGGCGGCCCACUGA